AUGCAAUUCUCUAAGUUAGCCCUCGUUUCUUCUAUCCUCGCAUUGGCUUCUGCUGACGACGCUGUCACCGUCACCACCCACGAAACCUCUACCACCUACACCACCAUCUGUACUUCUACUGCUUACUUGAACUCUACCACUGCUUCCAACAGCACUGCUUCAUACAAGACUUUGACCUCAUCCAUCAACUUGUCUGCUACCGAAUCUACUGAAGCCACUUCUACCACCUCCGGUUCCGCUUCUUCCAGCUCUAAGGCUUCUGCUGACACCGGUGCUGCUGGCAAGUUGUCCGUUGGCGCUUUGGCUGGUUUGGCUGGUUUGGCUUACUUGUUCUAA